AUGUUAACGGGAAGUCAGAAGGAAUUAUUCUCGGAAUUAUUUGUGAUUGAAGGAAAAGGAAGAAAAAAAGAAAAAUUAGAGGAAAAUGAAGAUAGAAAAAUGUUUUUACAAACUGAUUAUCCUCUUCAGGUAAAAAUUAGGGAAAAUUUAGCUUACGAUGGGAAAAACGGGAAAACCAUGGAGAAUGAGUAG